AUGGUUAACCUUCCCAGCACUGCCUCUAUCGUGACCGCGACCGAUGGACUGCCGUUCAAGCUGUCUGCCUCGCGAGUCUACCACGCUCCCACACUCGAGGCCGCUGGAACGGGCGGCAAGCCGUCCGUCCUCAAGCUGGAUGUGUCGUCGUCCGACCUUCCUCCGACCGACACCUGGUUCGGCGCCGUGGGUGUUCCUGCGUCUCAGCGUGCGGCCGCCCGCGCCGCUCUCCAAGGUCUCUGGGAGGCAUGGCGGGCCAACGGGCUGCUGCGCGUUACUGGAACACUGAAGGCUGGCGACCAAGGAGCGCAGUUCGGUAACAUUAGGGUCGUCGCGGACGACUUUGCGCUCAAGGACCACCCGGGCGUGCGUGAGCUCGGUGCCCCGGCGCACCCGCUCGAGGACCAGGCCGAGGCCGGCAAGCUCUUCUACCACAAGGGCGACGGUAACAUUGCGUGUUAUGGCUAUGGUGCCGGAAUUGCCAUGAGCACCAUGGACGCACUCUGCGCGGCUGGCGGAAGGCCGGCCAACUUUCUUGACGGUGGUGGUGGCGCCACUGAAGCCAACGUCCGUGCUGCCAUGGAACUCAUCCUCGCCGACGCUGGCGCCGACGUCAUCUUUGUCAACUCGUUUGGCGGCCUGACCAAGAUGGACCUGAUCGCAGCUGGAGCUGUGGCGUUUAUCAACGAGCGCCGCGCUGCCGGUGGCCAUAUCCCGCCCAUCGUGAUGCGCCUGCGUGGCACUGGCGAGGAGGAGGCUCGGGAGAUUUUGCAAAAAGCGGCGAUCCCCGAGGUCGAGUACAUUGGCGACAUGAAGGAAGCGGCCAACCGCGCCGUCGAGCUGUCGCUCCCGGGUGCCAAGAAGCGAGGCAUAAAGACUUCUCCUCCGCAGCCUGCUCCUCCCGCGUCCCGGCCCGUGCUCUUCGCCCGUGACGGGCAGUACGAGCGCACCAUCCCAAACCUAAAGGUACAAAAGGACGACCCGGUGCUCGUGGUCGGCCUCGGCAAGGCGUCCCAGGCCAACUCGACCGUCGCGUCCGAGUACGGCACCAACAUUGUCGGCGCGUCUGCUCCGCGAAAGGGCGGCAGCGAGUUCCUCUCCAAGCCCGUGUUCAACGACGUCGCGACUGCCACGCGCGCGCUGCGGCCGCGCAUCGCGAGCGUGUUUGCGCCCCCCGCGGCCGCCGCCGACACCAUUAUCGAGUGCAUCGCGGCCGAGGUCCCGCUCAUCGUGUCGUACGCCGAGGGCGUGACGCAGCACGACCAGCUGCGCGUCCAGGCCGCGCUGAGGAGCCAGGGCAAGUCGCGCCUCAUUGGCGCAAACUGCCCCGGCGCAAUCUUUCCGCACCAGCGCGUAAAGCUCGGUAUCCAGCCGCUGCGCGUGCACGCUCCAGGGAUUGUGGGCCUCAUCAGCCGCUCGGGGACCAUUUCGUACGACCUGGCGGCGCAGACGACGGCCCUGGGGCUGGGGCAAAGCGCCGUGUUUGGGCUCGGCGGCGACCCCUUCCCGGGCACGCGGUCGUGGGAGGCCCUCAAGGUCCUGCUCGAGGACCCCUUGACCAAGAUUGUCUGCCUGGUCGGCGAGGUCGGUGGGCAGAUGGAGGAAGAGGCCGCGGCCGUCUAUGCCGACUAUGUGUCGGCCCUCCCGGCCGGGACGGUGGCCAAGCCUGUGGUCGGGUUUGUGGCGGGCGCAGCAACGCAGCGGGGCAAGACGUACGGCCACGCAGGCGCCGUGUGGUGGGACGACAGCGAGACCGCCGCGGCCAAGCGCAAGGUCCUCGCCAACGCCGGGUUCGUCAUGGCGCCUACUAUCGGCGACAUUGGUGGUCUCAUCAAGGACGAGGUGGACCGCCUCGAGCUGGACACCCACCAGGAACCCUCGCCACAGGUUGCGUUUGGCUAA